AGCUUGCAUGUGAUUGGUUACUCUGGGCGAAUUGUGAUUCCUGGUGUGUAGACAAUGUUCGCACAAGAUUUGCUAUCUAUCUGUAUCCUGUUCUGUGCUGUGAUAAAAUCAACAACAAAAAGGAAAUUCCAUGGAAAGUCCCAAAAUUUCCCAUCUGUUUUAUCAUCUUUCAUUUUCACGUUUGUCAUUUGUGCUAAUUAUUAUCAAAAAUUCGAUGUGGUUGUGAACGGAAACGAGGAAAUUUCCGAAUAAUUUCGAUGCGAUCAGGAAAUCCGCCUUAUGUAAAUGAAUACCGGACCUAGGACAAACUACGGUGCCUCGUCGCAAGGGAGCAUGAAUUUUCCUCGGUCGCUACGAACCUGAACUGAAAAGCACUUGUUGUACGUAAGCUGCUCACUCCUUGAACGCUGUCCAGCAAGCGAUUAACAUACAAAAGGUGAUCAGAAAUAUAUUUAUAGAGCGAUGAAUGUUAAGUUCAAGUACUAGCGGUCGAACAUCGGGGCGCACACUAUUUACAAACACGCAGAAGAUGCGCUGGAUCGCCUAUUUAGAAGGGGGCCCUAAGCGUGUCAACCACGCUGCCGUCAACGUGGGGCACAAGAUAUACUCCUUCGGAGGGUACUGCACAGGGGAGAACUGCAAAGAUUACGCCUCGAUGGACGUACAUGUUUUGAAUACAACCACGUUUAGGUGGACACCGCAUCCUGUCAGCGAUCUGCCUUAUUUUGAAAAUGAUGAUAUACUCCCGUAUAAAAGGUAUGGUCAUACCGCAAUAGUAUAUGGAGAUAAAGUGUACAUUUGGGGUGGUCGCAACGAUCGAGCAUCAUGUUCUACUUUAUUCUGCUUUGACACAGUAUGGCACUGCUGGACAGCGCCAAAGACUACCGGAAGUGUACCGCCAGCUAGAGAUGGACAUACAGCUUGCAAAUGGAAAAACUAUAUGAUUGUAUUUGGCGGGUAUGAGGAAGAAACAGAUGCAUUUGGAAGAUCAGUUUAUUGUUUAAAUCUAGAUACAAAGCAUUGGACAUAUAUAAAUAUAACUGGUGAGGAGCCGAGUUUGCGAGAUUUCCACACUACUGUCUGUAUCGGCGAUCGCAUGUACUUGUUUGGAGGCAGAGGUACUCUGCCCUCAAGUUGGUACAUAACGCCUCAAGAACGAUAUUGCAAUCAACUUUGGUACCUCGAUUUGAAUAACUUCGUUUGGCGCAGGGUUCCGGUCUCCGGAGAUAUACCUCCAGGCAGAAGAAGUCAUUCAGCCUUUGUGUACAAAGAGAAAAUGUACAUCUUUGGCGGGUACAAUUCGGUGCAAGAGCAGCAUUUCAAUGACAUGUACCAAUUCGAUCCUGAAACGAGCGUAUGGAAAAAAUUGAAUCCUCCGGGAAAAAGACCGUGCGAAAGGCGCCGGCAAGCCUGCGUCACAGUUGGAGAUAGGGUUUUCCUUUUCGGGGGCACUAGUCCUGAACCGUCCCGUUCGUCCCACGAUCAAGACGUGGACGAUAAGCUGAUGGACCACAGCGAUAUGUACGUGCUAGAUUUCAACCCUUCCUUGAAAACGCUGUGCAUGAUCGCCGUUAGGAAAUACAAACUAGACGAAUCCGUACUGCCGCACAUCCUCAAGAUGGACAUAAUGAACAUGUUCACCCCAAAUAAAAUUACAGUAAAUCGACCGAACAAUUCUGCGGGUUGAGCAACAGUGAUAUAUACGUAAUUUAUAGACCUCAAAAUUAGCUCCUAAUGUAUAUAUGUAAUUUUUCGUUCAUACAGGAUUGUUAUGGAAAAAUUGAGCGAAGAACAACUCCGAAUUUGCAUCAAAUUAUUUGAUUAAUUUUUGUACAUACAUAGAGAAGUUAUGUUGGCAGAUUUUUUCAAAGUAUUUAUUGAAAUUUCUAUUUAUUAUUCUCCGCAAUAUACUUGAAAGUAUUAAUCAGAAAAUGAUCCGCGAUUCUAUUUUUGUCGAUUGACUGAUUUGCUUCUAUGAAUGCAAGCGUUGUUGAUUUUGGGUAUGCUAAGGCUUUUUGAUUGGUAUCUAAUUUCUGAAAACUGUAUUUUUUUUCGAAAAUAUAGAAAUUACCAGCGUGAAACAAUUUGUUCGGCCUUAGGGUGCUUCAAGAUGAUUUUCACAGAUUAUUUUAUUUUUCUAUAUACACACAACCUUUGUUAUUAUUGUGAAAUUAUUUUUAAUACAAAAUUCCAUCGUA